AUGGCCACGGGACAGUCGGUCCAGGGAUUGUUGUCUGCAGUCCCGCAAUGUGCGGCUUUAUGCGCCGAAUCCCUCUUUCCAUCCUCGACAUGCGCCACGACCGACCUGGCAUGCAUAUGCGCCGAUGCAUCUCUUGUCACGCGCAUUGAGCAGUGCAACACCGCGAACUGCACCGUAAUCGAGGCUUUACGCGCCGUCAACCUUACGGGAAAAGCAUGCGGUGUGACGCCGAACAACACGUCUCAAACCUACAUCAUCGUCACAUCGAUCUUCAUGGCACUCGCCGUCGUCUUCUAUCUGAUGAGGCUUUCUGUGCGACCGCCUCUCAUUCCGGGGUUCCGAGUCGACGACGGGCUUAUGAUGGUGGCAACUCUCAGCGUCGUUGUUUUCACGGCAAUCAACUUUCAGGGUACAUAUAUGACCGUCCCAAUCCACGAUCCCCCUCGAGUCAUCGGGAAAGACCUGUGGAACGUCCCACCCGAUGACAUCGAUAUCGUUUUGAAGAACUUCUUCAUCGGCGAGUUCUUAUACAUCUUCAUCUCGGUCUUGACCAAAUUGGCCGUCGUGUCGUUCUACUUGUCCGUCUUCCCCCAGCCGUACUUCCGGAAAGGCGCGUACGUCCUCAUCGGCCUCUGCAUUUGUUACUUUGUUUCGUACAUGUUCGUUCUCGGCUUCGAAUGCAGUCCCGUGGCCUUCUUCUGGGAGCAAUGGCGUGAUCCCACCGCGGGAACGUGUAUCGAUAUCAAUGCUGGGGGCUGGGCGGCGGCGGGCAUCAACAUUGGGCUUGACCUCGCAAUUCUGGCGCUGCCGGUGCCUGUCAUCCUCAAGCUCGAGAUCUCUCGACAGCAGAAGCUCCAGAUCUUGAGCAUGUUUGGAGUGGGAUCGUUGUGA